UGAACAGUGUCAGGGCUUCGCUGCGAGUCCUGCAGCAGUUGUGUCUCGUACGCCAGGGAGUCACCUUCAGAGUAUCGCUGCAAAACGUUUUCGGAUAUUGUGGGAAAUGAACUUAAACGUCCUGACACAGAGACCGAUGGGAGACAAGGGCGCAGGACGAUGAGACAUUGAACGCUCAAUGACAUCAAAACACAGAUGAACAGAAGGAUGAGCUCACUGCACAGGCAGCUGAGUCAGCUGCGCGGAGCAUGGAGGUGGAGGAGGGUGGAGGUUUCACUUUACCCAGCCACUGGCUUCCACUGCAGGACCUUCUGCUCCGUUACCUCAGGACCAGCAGAAUCCAUAGAGAUCCACAAGAGGAAGCUCUUCCUGUGGUUCAGCCACCUUCCUCGGGAGGAAAAACAGUUUGGCAGGUACUUUAGCCCUGAGACCAUGCAUGUGGAUCCACUGAUACUGGAAAGAAAAGUUGAAGAGAAGGCAGGACUGCUUCACUCCAGGACUAGCCAGACUCCCUCCUGCCCCUCUCUGACUGUGGAACAGCUGUUUGAUCCCAGUGAUGCCUGGAGGGAAGGCCGGGGGCUCAAUGUGCUGCUGUACGGGGCCGUGGGAACAGGCAAAAGUACAGUGGUCCGAAAGCUGGUGCUUGAUUGGUGCACAGGGACCACCCUGUCCCACUUCAAGCUGCUGGUUCCUUUUUCUUGUGAGGACCUUGGCCAACUGUCAAAAGUGGCUUCCUUAAGGGACCUGGUGAGCAGGAAGUACCUCCACCUGAGAAAACACCCCUUGCUGAGUGGGGAGGGAAACCAGGCCAAGGAUGUGCUCUUUGUCUUCAAUGGAAUGGAGAAGAUGAAACUGGACUUCCGAAUUGGAGCCACAGAGCUUUGCAGUGAUCCUAAUGAGGCGCUGCAUGCAGAUGUGGUGGUGGUCAACCUGCUGAGAAAAUAUCUUCUGCCCGAGGCCAGCAUCUUGGUUACCACCAGACUGUCUGCCGUGGACCGUAUCCCACAGAAGUAUGUGAGUCGCUAUGCACAGAUUUGUGGCUUUAGUGACCCUGAGCGCCAGCGGGCCUACUUCACCAGCCGCCUCCUGCAACAAAGUGGAGAGACUAACCAUGAGGCCCAGUCUGUCAUAGAGCUGCUUUACCUCAACCUUCAGAGACAAAGCCAGCUAGCGACAGCCUGCUUUCUCCCAUCCUACUGCUGGCUCACAUGUGCUACCUUACACUUCCUCCGUUUUACCGACGCCAAGGAACCCAUCCGCACACUGACUGGCAUAUACACCAGCUUCCUCAGGCUCAACUUUGGAGGUGAGGUGCUGGGCACAGGGACAGGGACAAAUGUGCCUAUACAGGAACACAAGAGUUCUCUGAUGUUGUAUGUAGUUCGUACAGUUGGGAAACUUGCUUUUGACGGUGUGACAUACAAACGCACGUCAUUCUCAGAAAAGGAACUGGAGCAGUGGAUAGGAGGGAAGACCAAGACUGAUGAGGAGCUACAUCAGCUAGCCAUGUUCCGGACUGAUGUGCUAGACUUCUUUUUGGCUCCCUGUAUAGAAAGUAGUCAGGAUUUACCGGAAGAUCCCAGAGAGAGUGAUCAGAGGCGGUAUGUAUUUGCUGUCCCAGCCAUGCAGGAGUACCUAGCGGCUCUCUACGUGGUUCUCGGAGAGAACAAGUCUGCUCUGGAGAAGCUGACCAGUCAGGUGUCUGUGGUCAUUGGUCAGGCAAGUGAGGAUGUCAAUGCCCUGGUUAACAUUCUUUCGAAGUUUAUCCCCCUCCGAAUAUUUGCUGUAUUCAACCUCAUCAAGCUUUUUCCAAAGCUCUUUGAGAAGGUUAGCAGUCUGAACAAAGGCAGCAUUGCCAGAACCAUGGCAGCUGAGAUGUUCCGCACUGAAGAUAGCUACAAUGAGGAUGUCCUGGAUCAGGUGGAGAAAAGCCUCCUUGGAGUCCACGGCCCUCAGCCACAGCAGCACAGUAAAGGCCAGCCUUUUGAGCUCUACCCCAUCUUUAUGGGUGGACUGUUGCAUUAUGGUAACCGUGUCCUUCUCCAGCAACUUGGGUGCAGCAUUCAGAGCACCACUGUGGCCCAGAUUACACAUGUCCUUAGGAAAUACCUUGUUAGAGAGCUCAGCAAGCCACAGCCACCUGAGGAGCUGAUGGAUCUACUAGUCCUUCUGUAUGAGUUUCAGAACCCCAGACUGACUGCAGAGGUUCUGGCCUCAAUCAGAACCAUCCGCCUAAGCAACAUUCGUAUGACGCCACUCAAAUGCUUUGUAUUGAGUUCUGUGCUCUCAUGCACCCCUGCAAGUUAUCACCUUGAAGAGCUGGACCUGUCCUCCUGUCUCCUGACUCAUGAACUGCUUCAGUUACUGGGGCCUACCUUCAGACACACACACAACCUCAAUCUGCAGUUUAACAGUCUGGGUCCUGAGUCCUGCAUCCUCCUGAGAGAUCUGCUAAUAGACCCCAAGAGCUCUAUUAAAUCUCUACAACUGUGUGACAACCCUCUGCUGGAGUCUGGAGCCUGCACCCUGCUGGAGGCUUUGCCAGAGAACCAGUCCCUGACACACCUGUCCCUGAUGCACACUGGGCUGGGGGACCAGGGGGCCUUGAAGCUGGCUGAGAAGCUGCAGCAGCACACAAGGCUCCAGGAGCUCAACGUGGCCUACAACAACAUUGGAGACAUCUCUGCUCUGACUCUAGUGGACGCCUGCAGGGAACACCCCAGCAUUCACACUGUGCAGUAA